AUGACGCAUCCGACCAAUCUGUGGUUCUGCCUGACACCAGGUGGUAAAAGCAAAGGGAAAGGCAAGCAGAAGGCGGUCUAUCGGUCUGGCCGCCGCUGGCCGCCAACAUGUUGCCGCUCCGCUGGUCGUAACAGUCGGGCUCGAAAACCCAUUGGCAGCCCGGCAGCCCUGCCAGAUGAAAGUGGAAAAGCUGAUACAAAAGCAUCAGUGAAUGGAAGUACCAGGCCGCAUUUUGGGAGAAAGUUCACUCCAAACGUUUGGGCGCCAAAGUUUGAAGCCUCUGCCGACAAGCAGCUGCAGCUGGAAUGUCGAGGGGAAGGCUUCGUGAACUGCUGGACGUUCUUUACAGCCGCUGACCCAACCCAUGGAUAUGUGGAGUACGUAUCGCAGGAGGAGGCGACAGAACUAAACCUUUUCAAGGUGCAAGAGAAUGGUGCGGUGUGGAUGGGAACCUGGGCCGAAGGAAGCUUGGUGGGACAAAAUCAGCCCGUCAAAGUCAUCCGCUUGCAAUCGCAGAUGCGGUUUUCGGAAGGUCACAUCUUCGUCAUCGAUAUCCAGCAUAUGCCCACGGGCAGUGGCACCUGGCCUGCUUGGUGGUCCUAUGGCCCUAACUGGCCCAACAAUGGGGAGAUCGACAUCAUUGAGACAGUGAACGUGGAGGACGUCGUGCAACAAACCUUGCAUACCAGUUAUGGUUGCUUCAUGAAUAUUCCUCAUAUAUUCAACCCGAAUUGCAAUUCGGAGGAUGCCCACAAUGGUUGUGGACUGAAUGGACCCCCAAACAGCGGCGGGCCUGCUUUCAAUAAAGGCGGCGGUGGCGUGUUUGCCACCAAGUGGACCAGCACUGGAAUCCAGAUGUGGAUGUUCCCUCGAGGCAAAAUUCCUGCGGACUUGGCAGAGGACGAACCAGAUUCGUCCACCUGGGGGACUCCUUGGGCCUUCUUUCCCUUCGGUGCCAACUGCCCCUCCACACACUUCAAUGACCACGUGCUGGUCAUCAACCUGGACUUCUGUGGCGAUUGGGCCGGCUCGGUCUUCCCCGGAGGCGAAAAGGCAUGCGAGGCUUUCGUGACCGAUCCCGCCAACAUUGACAAGCUGCAGGAGGCGUAUUGGUCCAUCAACUACGUCAAGGUCUUCGCCCCGGAGUCAAGCAAAUCGAUCACCAAAUCUUCCAAGGAGAAGGUUUUGCAGAAGGGUGAGAAAAUGAAGGAAGUCAAGAAGGAAAAGUUGGCACGCAGGGAGAAGAUCAUCAACGGCCCGGAUGCGUCAACCAAAUCGUCCGGGUCGGGAAACCCACAGCCUGUGCAGAAAUCUUCCAAGGAGAAGGUAUUGCAGAAGGGUGAGAAAAUGAAGAAACUCAAGAAGGAAAGGCUGGCACGCAGGGAGAAGAUCAUCAACAACCGAAUCAACCAGCGGAAUGAAAACAAAAAUGAGAUGAACAAAUAUGUCAAGGCUAAGGCUUGACCCGGGGCUCCCGGCUGAUCCAGCUGGCUUUGCUAACGGAUGGG